AUGGCCCCCCUCACCUCCUCCUUCGCAGGCGCACAGCCAGACAAGAUCAAGGCCCACCUCGACGACAUCGAGCAACAGUUCUACCUUAACGAGGAUGAGCUCAAGACGAUCACAAAGCAGUUCCUCCUCGACUUUAACAAGGGCCUCUCGGAAUACGGUCAAGCGAUGGCCAUGAUCCCGACCUUCGUACGGGGCGUACCAGAUGGUACAGAAACUGGCACCUUCCUCGCCCUCGAUCUCGGCGGCACCAACCUUCGCGUCUGCCGCGUAGAUCUCCACGGAGACAAGACCUUCAGCUUGACACAGCAAAAGUACAAGGUCUCCGAGGCACUCAAGACCGGCGAGGUCUCCACCCUUUUCGACUACAUGGCCGACUCUGUCGAUGCCUUCUUGACCGAGCAUAGCUCUGCAGAUUCUCCGACGAACCCGACUGCACCGACAGACUCCCCUAUACUCCCCCUCGGACUUACAUUCUCCUUCCCCGUCGAGCAGACGGCGCUCGAUGAGGGUUUCCUUCUCACAUGGACCAAAGGCUUCGCUGCUAAGAACGCGAUCGGCAAGGACGUCGUAAAAGGCUUGCAGAACGCUUUCGACCGCAAGCACUUGCACGUCAAGUGUGUGGCCCUCGUUAACGACACCGUCGGCGCGCUCCUUUCGCGCGCCUACACCGCUGGCGGCUGCACAUUAGGCGCGAUCUUCGGCACUGGCACCAACGGCGCGUAUGUCGAGAAGAUCGAGAACCUGACGAAGCUGGGCAACCACCCCGCCGUGGCACUCGGCGGCGAUAUGAUCGUGAACACCGAGUGGGGCGCGUUUGACAAUGCGCGCUCAACCUUGCCCAGCACGCCCUUUGACAACAAGCUCGACCGCGAGAGCAUCAAUCCGCGCUUCCAGGCCUUCGAGAAGUUCAUCUCCGGCAUGUACCUCGGCGAAAUCACGCGGAACAUGCUUCUCUCCUUCGUCGACGCAUCUCCGAAACCGAUCCUGUUCGAGGGCAAGAGCACACCACAGCUGAACACCCACUAUGGUCUUGAUACGGAGAUGCUCUCGCUCGUUGAGGGUGCAUGGGAGAACGAGGAGCAUGCGGCCGACGAGGCUUCUGCGCCGCAGACGAACGGCUCGGAGGUUCUCGAUGAUAGCGCGCUGCUGGACUUCACCAAGCCGCUCUCGACUGAGAACUUGAGGCCAAACACGGUUCACCGCCUGCAGCGCGUACGGCAAGUCGUCGCGAAGCACCUUGGCUUUGAGGCUGGUGCCGUCUCGCUCCGCGACGCAGCGAUCGUCCGCUGGGCGUGCUCGCUGGUCGCGAACCGUGCUGCACGACUCAGUGCAACGGCCGUUGCGACCGUCGCCGUCCAGAUGGGCGUCAUCUCAGGGCUGGGAAGCGACGCGAAGCCGACGGGCAAGGCGAAGGUCAUCCCCGUGGGCGUGGACGGCAGCUUGAUCCAGUUCUACCCGAAGUUCGAGGAGAGGCUGCGCGAGGCGCUAAGGUUGCUCAUCGGCGAGGAAGGAGAGAAGAUGGUCACGAUUGGGCUCGCGAAGGACGGGUCCGGUGUCGGUGCUGCCCUUUGCGCGCUCGUCGCGACACGCACGGCGAAGCCCGAAGCGUCUGCAUGA